AUUGUCUUCAUUUAUCAGUACAUCAGAACGGCAAAGUAUUGCUAGCGCUGAUAGAAAGGGUAAAGAACAGAUGGGGAGACAACCCGAUAUUAUGUUUGUAUUAAAAUAUUUAGAGGUCUUCUUUGAGCUUCUAUACGUAGAAUGUUCACGAUUAUACUGCACUCAGCAGAAAAAGAAGAAUGAUGAGAUAAAGUUAUGGCGCGAGACAAAUGAUGGUGCAAAGGAUAAAGCUAAUGUGCAUCGAUAUUACCAUUUACAAUUUGCUGAAAUUCCUGUACAAUUAUCUGAUGCAAACGUUGUAGCUAAAUUUAUAGAAACCCUUUUACGUAACAUAUUAAUUAUAAAUGUAUCCCUGCUAUAUCAUGCGUCUAUCUUCACAUCGCAAAGACAAAUGGAAGAUAGUACUACAGUUUCUACUUCACGAGAUGAUUACUAG